CUUCCCUCUCCCUCUCCCCCUCCCCUCUGUCAGGUGUGUGGCACCCCUGAGUACAUCGCCCCAGAGGUGAUUCUGCGUCAGGGCUACGGCAAGCCGGUGGACUGGUGGGCCAUGGGCAUCAUCCUGUAUGAGUUCCUGGUUGGCUGUGUGCCAUUCUUCGGCGACACCCCGGAAGAGCUGUUUGGACAAGUCAUCACAGAUGACAUUGUGUGGCCAGAGGGAGAUGAAGCUCUUCCAGCAGAUGCCCAGGACCUCAUAUCAGCCUUACUGCAGACCAACCCACUGACACGACUGGGCACAGGUACACACACACACGUCUACAGCAGUAUGGAGCACCUCACCCAGCUUGACCCCAAGGCUCCAACAGUGACGCGUCGGGAACGCAAUGGUCGCCGUGACGAUAAGAUGGCAAAGAGGGAGAGUCUGGGAAGCGCCUGUCGUGCUCCGAGUCGCUGUACUCUGAGGGCGACUCCAGCCCUCCUCUGGGCGGCAAGGCGUCGCUUCUCUGCCCUGAUCGACGCGCAGCGCCUGGCCUCACCCCUAGAGGGGGACACUGAGUUCAUCUCCAGACAGACCCCAGCACCAGGCCACGAGGAGUAUAAAGCAGCCAAGCCAGGGGAUGCAACUCCAUCAGCAAGUCCUGCGGCGGUGGUAGGUGUCGUCUCCAUGGAGACUGUCCCUAAGGACGCAGUCUCCACGGAUCCCCUGGCGCCGCGGGCAACCAACGACCUGGUCCUGAGGCGGGCGCGGCAUCAGCAGCUCACCGGUGAUGCAGACAGACGGAGCUCCCGCCCAGGCAACAAGGUCAUCAAGUCCGCCUCGGCAACUGCACUCUCAGUCAUGAUCCCAACAGUGGAACAGCACAGAAGCUCCCCAUUGGCCAGCCCCAUGUCUCCUCGCUCGCUCCUGUCCAAUCCCUCGUCACGUGACUCCUCUCCUUGCCGGGACUUCUGUCCGGCCGUCACCGUCCUGCGUUCACCAAUCACCAUCCAGCGCUCGGGCAAGAGAUACGGCUUCACGCUCCGCGCCAUACGAGUCUACAUGGGCGACACUGGCGUCUACAGCGUGCACCACAUAGUCUGGCAUGUGGAGGACGGUGGACCCGCCCACGAGGCGGGGCUUUGCGCUGGUGACCUCAUCACCCAUGUGAACGGAGAGUCUGUCCAUGGAUUGGUCCACACAGAAGUGGUGGAGCUCAUUCUGAAGAGUGGCAAUAAGGUAACCGUGACAACCACCCCAUUUGAGAACACGUCCAUCAAGAUUGGCCCCGCCCGUCGCUCCAACCAGCAGUCCAAGAUGGCGCGCAGGAGCAAGAAGACACCGGGCAAAGAGGGACAGGACAUAAUUCUAAGUAGUUCUCUAUUCCGUAAGAUCACCAAGCAGUCCAACCUGCUCCACACCAGCAGAAGCCUGUCUUCUCUCACCCGCUCCCUCUCCUCCAGCGAGAGCCUGCCUGCUUCACCCACACAUGGACUAGCACAGGGUAAACACACACACACACACACACACACACACACUCACACACACAUAGGUAUCUCAUCUCUGAGUAGUUCCCCAGCCUCCAGCACGCCCAACUCUCCCGCCCCGUCCUCUUCCUCCUCCUGCUCCUCUUCCUCCUCGGGGCGCCACAUGCGCCCCUCCUCCCUGCAUGGCCUCUCCCCAAAACUCCACCGCCAGUACCGCUCCGCCCGCUGCAAGUCCGCGGGCAACAUUCCCCUCUCGCCCCUCGCCCACACCCCGUCACCCCCACACACCUCCUGCCCGGCCGCUCCUCCGCUGCCAGGGCACGUGCCGGGGAGCAGCCACACCACGCAGGCGUUCCCGCCGGCGAAACUGCACCUCAGCUCGUCAUCCUCGUCGCCGGUGCGGCCGGGACCGAAGAGCGCCGAGCCCCCGCGGUCGCCGCUGCUGAAGCGCGUGCAGUCGGCCGAGCGCCUGGCCUCUUCGCCGCUCUCUUCCUCGCCGCCGUCGUCCGCGGCAACCGCGGCGCCCUCGGCCACGGGGGCACUGCGGAAGCACAGCCUGGAGCUGGGAGGAGUCGGAGGCAUUGGAUUUGUCGAUUACAGGAAAGAGUUCCAGAGCCUUCCGGAAACCGAGGCCGAGACACUGGGUGCCCCAAUGGCUACCAUGACGAUGACCCCAUCAUCCCUGGAGAUGGCCGUGCUCGUCAAGCCAAUGAGGAAGCUGGGCCGGCAAGAGUCUCCGCUGAGCCGAGAGGUGCUGUUCCGAGAAAGAAAGAGGGAGCGAGAAAGAGAGAGGGAGAGGGGACGGGAGAGAGGCCGAGACAGAGAGCGAGAGAGAUCCUGGAAUGCGACUCUGGGCAGGUUCCUGGCCAAGCUGGAGAGAUCCACACCCGCUGGAGCUUCCUCCACGGACACCCAGGCUGCAGGCAACGGCAAGCCCACAGACAGUAAGCCCAUCCUGGGGGAGGCGAGCGCGAGUGAGGCCCCUGGAACCACCACAUCCGAAACCACCACAUCCAUCACUGCCACCACAUGUAGUCCAGCCCAGUGCAAACUCUGCGACCCCGCAACUGCUAAAGCACCCAUUAGCACUGGUGCUGUUCUUGAGUCCAAGGCUUCCUCACCUGCCAGUGCAGCUCUCACUCCGCCUGCCUCAAAAACUACAGAUCCCAGAACUCCUAGCGGUGCAGCAGUCACAAGUGAUCAUAGCUCAAACACCAAGCUCUCAUCCGGUAGCCAGCUGGAGAACACAAAGAGACAGCUGCCGCCUCAGUUAGAUAGAGUUCAGGCUAAACCAGAUGGAAAGAACAUUUCGCAGAGCGUUCCACAGGUGAGUUCUGCAGCCUCAGAACCAUGCUUGAGUUCCACACCUGCUUUUGUCUCAGAACCUUCUAGAAUCUCAAAAGCUCCUGGUUUAGACGAGGGGGCUUUGAAAAAGAACGGCCUGGAGGUCCCCACCAGAGCUCCGGACGCCAGGCUUCGUGGCUCCGCUGGUGCCCCCACGAAGGUGCUGCUCACCGCCGCCGCCCCUCCCGCGGUCCAGGCACCGGGCCUGGGGAAGAUGCGUCAGGAGAAGGGCCUGACGGUGAACUGCUUCCGGGGCACCCUUGACUGGGAGGAGAAGCGACUGCUGGAGGUGUUGGUGGAGCAUUCCCCUUCCCCGACCCCCACCCCCUCACCCACCGCCCCGCCCACUCCCAUCCCCGUCCAAUCACAUCGCAUCUCCCCCGGCGCAGACCGCAGUGGCUCGGUCCAACAGCCAACAGCUAAGCUGCCCUCCUCAGCUCCUCCUCUGCCGACUCGUCCUCUUCCUCUCCCGACUCGUCCUCUUCCUCUGCCGACUCGUCCUCUUCCUCUCCUGACUCCUCCUCUUCCUCUCCCGGCUCCUCCUCUUGCUCUCCCGACUCCUAAGGGCCAGCCCCAGGAGGGGCCCAAGGAGAGAGAGAGCCCCAGGAGGAGUGAGGAGAUACAGGCAGGCCCGGCAGGAAGUAGGCCUGGAAUCACCAUAGCUGCUUCCUCAGGGCCUGCGUCUCCUCCUAGUCCUCCUCCUCCUCCUCCUCCUCCUCCUCCUCCUCCUCCUCAUCAGCCGGUUAAAAGCCCCAGCAUCCCCAAGCCCACGGCUUGAUAGGUAAGGGGUGUGAGAUCGAAGGACAACUUACCGGAACCUUCUGGAACCUUCAUGUCAUCCUUUAAAACGUACCGGCACCUUCUAGCUGAGACUGUUCUGACUACAAAGAAAAAUCUGGACUCUCUCGUGAGAAUGUGAUUCCGUUGCCAUGGUGAUUUAGGGCUGCUCUUUUAAUCUUUUUUUCAAUGUGAAAUCUGUAACAUACACACAUGAUAUCACCUGUGUACACCAGAAGUGUGAAGUUUGUGUGUGUGUGUGUGUGUGUGUGUACUUGGGUGCUCAAAUGGUGUGUUUGAAAAGGGAGAAGGAGCACCAAAGUGCUUUAACAGAUCAACCGAAGCUGAAAACUGUGAAGACCAAAUCCAGAUCAUAGCUGACUUAAGAAGGGUCAGAGUUCAGAGUUCAACGCCCAUCGCUCAACAAUAGAGACAUUCAUCAAUCAUUUCAAACACACUCCCUGAAUUACCACACUCGCACACACUCUCACACUCACACACUCACACACACUCAGAGACACUCAGACACACUCAUGCUCACACACACACACACACAUACACUUACACACUCCCUGAAUUACCAUUAUGUGAUUAGAGUGUAGCUAACUGAAGCUUCCAAUUGAUGAUGUAAUAAGCAACCUUUAUGAAUGGCAGUGUCUCCCUUUCUGUGAGAGCAUCACACACACACACUCUCACACACACACUCACACACACACACACAUGCACACACACACUCUCUCU